UUUUUAGUUUUAGUUAGCCUACAGUAGUUCAGUACGAGUAAAUUCAAAGUCCAAUUUUAUAUCUUUAGUUGUUUUGGCAUAGUGGUCCAUUACUUCUCAUUGCAAAGAUUAACAUCACGCUACAGUAACAAAAAUGAUACGGAUAUUAUUUAAAUCCGUAGCAAACAGGCGAGUUUUCCCCAAAAGGUCAAUUGCUUCCCUAUCGGCGCUACCAGACACGUAUCAAAUGUUAUUCAAAACAUGUAGAGAUUUUGCUGAACAAGAGUUGAAACCAAACGCCGCCAAAUACGAUCGAGAACACUUGUACCCCGAGGAGGCUAUAAAAAAAAUGGGUGAGCUUGGCCUGAUGGCCAUCGCAACACCUGAAGAACUAGGCGGAUCUGGUCUUGACUAUCUUGCAUAUGCAAUUGCCCUGGAAGAGAUAUCGCGAGGCUGUGCCUCAGCUGGUGUUAUCAUGUCAGUGAAUAACUCUCUCUAUCUUGGGCCAUUGCUGUACUGUGGAACAGACAAACAGAAAGCAGAAUUUGUGACACCUUUUUGUAUGGGAGAUAGUGUUGGUUGUUUUGCAUUAUCAGAACCAGGAAAUGGUUCAGAUGCUGGUGCAGCAUCAACUACAGCUAAAGAUGCUGGGGACAAAUGGGUCAUCAAUGGCACAAAGUGUUGGAUAACUAAUGGUUAUGAAAGCAAGGCCACUAUUAUAUUUGCCACAACUGAUAAAAGUAUGAAACACAAGGGUAUAUCAGCUUUUAUUGUUCCCAAGCCAAUAAAGGGUUUAGAGCUUGGUAAGAAAGAGGAUAAACUAGGUAUUAGAGGUUCAUCAACAUGCUCAUUAAUAUUUGAGGAUUGUUCAAUUCCCAAAGAGAAUAUCUUGGGCCAGCCAGGAAUGGGCUUCAAAAUUGCAAUGAUGACACUUGAUGCUGGGAGAAUCGGUAUUGCUUCUCAGGCUUUAGGGAUAGCACAGGCCUCUUUGGAUGUAGCAGUAGACUAUGCAUCAAAGAGAAUUGCUUUUGGAAAACCUAUAAUAAAGCUGCAAGCUAUACAAAAUAAAAUUGCUGACAUUGCUGUUAAAUUGGAGUCAGCCAGAUUACUUACAUGGAGAGCGGCUUGGUUGAAGGAUAACAAACAACCAUUUACAAAGGAAGCAGCUAUGGCAAAACUGGCAGCAUCUGAAGUUGCUACUUUUGCAUCACAUCAGUGUAUUCAGGUAUUAGGUGGUAUGGGCUAUGUCACUGACAUGCCAGCUGAAAGACACUACAGGGAUGCAAGAAUCACAGAAAUAUAUGAAGGUACCUCUGAAAUACAGAGACUAGUCAUUGGUUUGCAAGUUGUUAAAGAAUAUGGCUUAUGAACUUAGUAUUAAGGAUAUACAUUUUAGUAUUGACACAUAUUCCCCCUUUUUAUAAUUAAUGAAUUUGUAAUUUUAUUGAAAUUAUGACAAUAUUAAGAUUAGGAAAAAGAAUGACUGAAAAUUGUGACAUGCUAUUUAAUGUAAUGGAUAGUAGAAAUAAUAUCAAAUACCAAUUUACAUUAGUUUAGAUAUACAAAAGGCAUUAAUAUUCAAACAGAAGAUAUUAAUAAAAUAGGAUCAGUAAAGGACAAAAUACCAGUUUAAUUUUAUUUUGCUGUGUAUGUUGACAAAAAAUCUGAAAAGAUAGUUACACCAAAUACAUUACUUAAUUUUAA